UGAGUCAUCAAAUAAAUUGAGAUCAAAUGAAGUGAAAUUGAGCAAAAAGAAGUAAAAAAAGGCUGAAAGAAGAAAUUUGGAGAACACACUGUCAGAUGCCGCAAUUGCGACCAAAGAACCGCAAUUGCGGUGGUCAACAUUUCAGUCUCAAUGCGGCAGUCAACGGCCACAAAUGUGGUAGUCUGUCAGUAAUUGUUGUUCUGGUCAAAGUCGAGAAUGCCGCAAUGGCCGCAAUUGCGGUCAAUGAGGUUCAGUUCUGGACAGAGUUGGUAAUUCACAUUUUUCGAUCCCAAACCACAUAAAACUCGACCUAGCUCAUUUAGAAACACAUCUUUGGCAAAAACACAAGUCUUAGAGCUAGGGUUUUUACACUCUUUGGGGUUGAAGACAGUUUUUUGAAUCUUUACUUCAUUUCUUUAUUUUCUUGUUUUGUAUUGAACAUCUAACUGUGUAGUAUUUAUUUCUUCAGUUGAAUCUUGUUUAUGAGAAUAUAUGAUUAAUGUUUGGCUUGUUUUUCUUACGUAUUCAAUGAUUUUUAUUCUUAAUUAAGUAAGUUAUUGUUUCUUUAAUAUUCUUGUCUUUAAAGUUUCUUAAGGCAGUGCUAACCCUAGGAAUCGCUCAUUUAUUUCAGUUUAAAUUCAGAAGAGGCAAACUCGGGGUUGGAAAAAAUUAAUUAACAAGAAUUUGGGACGUUAACCCUCAUCUAAUUGACCAAGAUAGGCGAACCACUUGAAGCCAUAUUCGGGUUUUCUUAAUGCUCUUAAUUGCUUUAGGGAUAUUCAAUUAGGUAGUCUUGUUAUUGUUAGUCUUCGGAAGAAGUUAACUUAGAGCCAUUAUCUGAGGCUAAUUAACAUAAGCUCGCCGUUAUUUAUAAAUUGUGAAAUACAUUAAAUUGUUACCGAGAGUAAUUUUCUUUGUCACCAUGUUUGUGGCCAUUGAUCAUUUUACUUGCUUUCUAAGUUAGUUUACAUUUCCGCAUUAGACGUAAUUUUCUCUCUAAGCCACCUUUAAGUGUUUGGCUAGCUGUUGUUGGUGAUAAUUCCUACUUUACUUAAUCGCCUAAAUACUGUUCUCUGUGGGGUCGACUCUAAUUUAUGGGUGAGUUAAUUAUAUUACAUAUAACCGUGCACACUUCUAUUUAAUGGAGUGGAUUCGGACGCUAUCACUCCUAAUGUGGUGUCUAUUCAAUGGGCCCAGUUUGUUCUGUAUACUAGCUAGAAGUGCUUUUUUCUCACUUUAAUGCCUGACCGACCAUGCAUUCAAGUGGAAGACAGGAGUAGCAUAUUUACCAUUCAGUUCGAGUUAAUUCAAGGCUAUGUUAUUCUUUGUUUUGGCGAAGACCAGCCAAUCAAAUCUUAUUAAGCAUUUAGUUCAUUUACAUAAUUACUAGCAGAGGAAUGGGAUCACAACAUCAAAAGAUGCAUCAUUCCUCGUACAUAUGUACUGAAGAGUCGAGAAAUUGGCAUGCUUCCUGGAUUGUUCAGAGGAUUCUCAAGGCUACUAAGUAUUUUACUCUAGCUGGAUACUCCAUGACUGAUGUUCAGGCAAUGCAAAAUUUCUCAACUAAACCGCUUUAUGUUAAGCUCAGGGGACAGUUCCAGAAGGUGACAUGGAGGAGAGAUGGGCUCAACAAGUGGAGUGUGACCGGUGACCAACAACGCCCUUUAUGUGAAUCCACAGAUGAAAGUAUGGACCAUUUGUUUUUCCUGUGUGACUUUUCAUCUCAGGUUUGGGACAAGCUUCCCUCGUGGAGGGGCAUCAGGAGGUUCUCUAGAAGAUGGGAUGAGGAGUUUACUUGGGAAGAGCAACAUGUCACGGGCAAAACACCUCAGGCUGCAGUGUAUCGAAUGGUGCUAGCAGCUGCAAUGCAUUAUGUGUGGAGAGGGAGGAACCAAAGGAUUUUCCAGCGGAAGAAACAAAUUGUCAACUUGCUCAUGAAGUUGACCAUCCAGGAGGUGCACCAAAGAGCAAACAUCAAGCCGCAUAUAGCGAGAUAGUUGUCCCAUUUCAAUCUUUACCUAGUGUAGUUAUGAGUUAUGGGCUGAUCAGUACAGUAGGGCCUUUGCUGUAUUUUGUUUUGUUGAGCUUUAUUAUGUACCUAUGCUCGAGCUGACUACUGACUAACUGUCCAGUAGCAUAGCUCUUUUGUGCUGAAACUUUUCACUUUUGGUUAAUAAUCAAGUUAUUUACCAAAAAGAAAAA